CCUCGCUCUAUACGAGAGCAUCUCAGGCUACCAGUUUGAGCCACUCUGCCUACGACCUGUUCACGGCCUGCCUCGGUUUCAUCAACCUACUGCCUGCCCGCCUAAAUCACGCUCGGGUCGUGUGAGUUCCACCAGACGCCAGGAAACUCGAUUCGAUCUAGUCAAAGCUUGUCCUCAUUAACCCACUCCGCCCCUGUGGUACGAUCAAUUCACCGCAAUCCUUCUUGUCUCUUCGACACUUCCAUUCCUUCUUUUCAUUAUCUGGCUGGCCGGGUUGAACCGAGACUUUACUUUCUUUCCGGUGCAGGGCGCUCUUCGUACGAUCUACUUGCUCUAAUAUUCUAAUCGCCAUCUUCCUCUGACCGGUGGUCGUGCGUUCGGGGUUUGGUCCCACAGCAGCAUCUUACCCACCUUUCAUCUCGACUUUUGUUCAUCGUCACUUGCUCAAGCAAGACCGCAACCAUGAUUACAGUAGCGUCACUGAAGAGAUGGUUCACCAUCAAAAAGAGCCUUUUCUAUAUCCUGUUCUGGGGCUUCCACUGGGGCAUGUUUGCAUAUGGAUGGUGGAAACAAGCCGGUGAUAAUCGGCUAGCAGCACUAAAUGGCCUCAAAUUCUCAGUGUGGAUCUCUCGAGGAGCGGGAUUGGUGUUGUCGAUAGAUGUCUUGUUGAUCCUUCUGCCCAUGUGCAGGAACAUCCUCAGGUGGAUUCGACCGAAGGCUAGGUGGUUGCCAUUGGACGAAUCUCAAUGGUUUCAUCGACAGGUCGCCUACGCGAUGCUGUUCUUCACCAUCGUUCAUACCGGUGCUCAUUACGUCAACUUCUUCAAUGUCGAGAAGACACAAGUACGCCCAGAAACCGCGGUGCAGAUUCAUUACACCCAAGCGGGUGGUAUUACAGGCCAUAUCAUGCUUCUCUGCAUGAUGCUAAUGUACACCACCGCUCAUCACAGGAUACGCCAGCAAUCUUUCGAGACUUUCUGGUACACCCAUCAUCUUUUCAUCCCAUUCCUGUUGGGCAUGUACACUCACGCCACUGGCUGCUUCGUGCGCGAUAGUGUUAACCCUUACUCACCCUUCGCCGGUGCCGGUUUCUGGAACCAUUGCAUUGGCUACGAGGGAUGGCGAUGGGAACUUGUUGGCGGCGGAUUGUACCUCAUCGAACGUCUCUACCGCGAGAUUCGUGCUAGAAGAGAGACUCAGAUUGUCAAGGUCGUUCGUCAUCCUUAUGACGCUGUGGAAAUCCAGUUCACGAAACCAUCGAUGAAGUACAAGCCAGGACAAUGGCUUUUCCUAAACUGUCCGGACGUGUCAUACAACCAGUGGCAUCCAUUCACCAUCACCUCAUGUCCCUUCGAUGCGUACGUCAGUGUACACGUACGACAGGUUGGAGACUUUACCCGCGCACUUGCGGAUUCCCUCGGAGCCGGCCAAUCGCAAUCGAAGCUGUAUGACGAACUGGAUCCCAUGGGAAUGUACGAAGUUGCGCUACAGCAUGGCCAGAAGAUGCCAAGACUACGUAUCGACGGCCCCUACGGUGCACCCGCUGAAGACGUCUUCGAGAACGAAAUCGCCGUGCUAAUAGGCACUGGUAUCGGCGUCACGCCCUGGGCUGCCAUCCUAAAGAAUAUCUGGCAUCUCCGCCUUUCUCCCAACCCGCCCAAGCGCCUCCGCCGUGUCGAAUUCAUCUGGGUCUGCAAGGACACCAGCUCGUUCGAAUGGUUCCAAGCGCUUCUUUCUUCCCUCGAAUCACAGUCCAUGGGCUCACCCAACGGUGGUGCUGAGGGCGCCGACUUCCUCCGUAUUCACACCUACCUCACCCAGCGCAUCGACGUCAACACGGCCAACAACAUCGUCCUCAACUCGGUCGGCACGGAUAAGGAUCCGCUAACAGAGCUGAGCAGCCGGACCAACUUCGGCCGGCCUAACUUCUCGCGUCUGCUCUGUGGCAUGCGUGACGGCAUCAUGGACCGCAGCUACAUGAAUGGGCUUGAGAGCUCGCUACGGACAGACGUUGGAGUCUACUUCUGCGGGCCUAGUGUUGCGGCGAGGGAUAUCAAGAAAGCGUGUAAAUCGGCGACGUGUCAGGAGGUCAACUUCAAGUUCUGGAAGGAGCAUUUCUGAGCUAUCUAUUACGUCUGGGCUGUACUUUUCCGAUGUGGCGCUUGGUGUACGAAUGAGUUCUCCAGUAAGAAGAGACGAGAUGAUUCAGACGAAUGGAAUCAAGACUAGAGCGAGGCAAAGCAAAGGCGUUUUAUCUCAUUUUCUACAGCUACACGGAUUUUUGUAGGCUGGUGUAUGCUACAUUAUAUUUUUAUCUCGGGUCUUUCAGCGAAGAGCAGCGUCACGGCAUGAGCCUCUGUGUAUGGGAUUGUAUCGAUGGGUCAACUCAAUUGAAUAUGAAUAUCAUCCUGCAACGUCUCUUCUUGGCCAGUGAGGUAGGGGGCAGAUGGCUGUGCCGCAUUGAGCCAUCUGCUGACAUGUUCCUGGCGCUUCGUGAUACUGUCAGACGGGGCUCGAGAAGGAGGCCGACGGGCGGCUGCUGGUGCAGAGCGUGUGUCGGGUUAAGGGAAACCCCAUUUUACC